CUCAGCAUAUCAUUAUCAAUCAAGUGGGGAAAUAAACAAGGCCACCGAGAGCUGCCUCUAUCUGAUUGGAAUUAACCCUCUUAUAUUUCCAUCGGGGAUUUCAUUCACGCUUCUCCAAGGGGAGCCUGCUGCUGAGGAUUACUUUACCACUGUGAAACUUUUUUCUUCUUUCUGUCAAAAACUCGUGCCUCGUAUGGGAAACUAGAGAGGCAGAAGGCAGACGCACCAAAAGGAAAGAUUUCACUCCACCUUCCCUCCUGCGCGUCAAGAGUUCACCUUGACUGUGACAUAACGGAAAGCUUUUAAAACUUUCUCCAUGAUUGUUUGAGCCGGUCUGCACGGACCUGUGGAGCUUUCACUGCUUGUUGAAGGGCUGUCAACACAAUGGGACGCCUGUGUCUGCUCCUGGUUGUCACUCUCUCCCUACUCACCUGCCAGGUUUUGUGCUCCGGAGUGUUUGAGCUGAAGCUGCAGGAGUUCCUCAACAAGAAAGGGGUAACGGGGAACGCCAACUGCUGCCCGGGAGCCUCUGCUCAUCCGCAGGGCCAGAACCAGCAGUGUGAGUGCAAGACUUUCUUUCGGGUCUGUCUGAAGCACUACCAGGCCAACGUCUCCCCCGAACCUCCCUGUACCUACGGCGGGGCUGUGACUCCCGUCCUCGGUUCCAACUCCUUCCAGGUGCCGGAGACCAACGCCGACAGCUUCACCAACCCAAUCCGCUUCCCCUUCGGCUUCACAUGGCCGGGGACGUUUUCACUGAUCAUUGAGGCUCUGCACACUGACUCCCUGGACGACCUGGCAACAGACAAUCCAGAGCAUCUGAUCAGCAGGAUCACCACUCAGCGUCACCUCACUGUGGCAGAAGAAUGGUCCAAGGAUAUGCAGACAUCCGGCAGAACUGAGCUGCGUUACUCCUACCGCUUCCUGUGUGACGAGCACUACUAUGGCGAUGGCUGCUCUGUCUUCUGUCGGCCCCGAGACGAUGCUUUUGGGCACUUCAGCUGCGGCGAGCGUGGGGAGAUCAUAUGCAACUCUGGCUGGAAGGGACAGUACUGCACUGAGUCAAUCUGUCUUCCUGGCUGUGAUGAAGAACAUGGCUUCUGUGAUAAACCUGGAGAGUGCAAGUGUCGAGUGGGAUUCAGUGGGCGCUACUGUGAUGACUGUAUCCGUUACCCAGGCUGCCUCCAUGGCACCUGCCAACAGCCCUGGCAAUGUAACUGCCAGGAGGGCUGGGGUGGGCUCUUCUGCAACCAGGAUCUGAACUACUGUACACACCAUAAGCCCUGUCUUAAUGGAGCCACCUGUACCAACACCGGCCAGGGCAGCUACACCUGCUCCUGUCUGCCUGGAUACACAGGUGCCAGCUGUGAGAUCCAGGUCAAUGAGUGCUCUGGAAACCCCUGUCGCAACGGAGGUAGCUGCACUGACAACGAUAACGGCUACAAGUGCACCUGUCCGCCUGGUUUUUAUGGCAACAACUGUGAGUUAAGUGCCAAUACCUGUGCAGAUGGUCCUUGCUUCAACGGUGGGCGUUGCGCAGACAACCCUGAAGGUGGUUACUUCUGUCAGUGCCCGAUGGGAUACGCUGGCUUCAACUGCGAGAAGAAAAUCGACCACUGCUCCUCCAACCCCUGUUUAAAUGGUGCAGAAUGUGUGGAUCUGGUGAACUCGUACCUCUGUCAGUGUCCUGAGGGAUUUUCUGGUCCUAACUGUGAGGACAGCAGCAGUAUCUCUGGAUACUGUCUGUCCUUCCCUUGUCAGAAUGGUGGAACGUGUCAGGAGGGAGUGAACGGCUACACCUGUACCUGCCCUCCAGGAUAUACUGGUGAAAACUGUAGCUCUCCCAUCUCCCGCUGCCAUCACAACCCCUGCCACAAUGGAGCCACCUGCCAUGAGCGUGGCGGUCGCUAUGUGUGCGCCUGUGUGCCUGGUUACGGCGGUCACAACUGCCAGUUCCAAUUACCAGAGGCGCCCAGGCUUCCGGUGGUGGAUGGACCAGAUCGGCGAUAUUCUUACCCGGGAAAUGACAUUAAUGAAAAUGAGGAGGAUGACGACAGCGGAUUCCCCUGGACGGCCGUGUGCGCUGGUGUCUUCCUCGUUCUUGUGAUCCUGAUCGGCUGCUCAGUGCUGGUGGUCUACAUUCGGGUCAAAUUGCAGGAGCAGCACAGUCACCCUGGUGAUAGUGUCCACAGCGAAAGCCACGAGACCAUGAACAACCUGACGACCACCAACAAUUGUCUCCGCAGUGACAAGGAACUGGGAACUAUGAUGACUGCGUCAAUUAAAAACACCAACAAGAAAGUUGAUUACCAUUCAGACCUCGGUGGGUCACUGGGUGGUCUGAGUGGAAUCAGUGGGCUCAACGGAUCAGAGAAGAACGGCUUUAAGACUCGCUACCCCAGUGUGGAGUACAACCUGGUCCAUGAGCUCCGGCCUGAGGAGCUCUCGCUGUGUAAAGAAGAGGAGCGUGAUGAGCCAGAAGUUAAAUGUGAAAUGCUGGAUGAGUCUGACUCAGAGGAAGGAUACAGGAAGAGAAUAAACAGUGAUGCAUCAGAAAAUAAACAAGUAGAAGAUUCACCAAGCUGCAGCGAAGCAAAAUAUCAGUCAUCCAGCGAGUUGAACUAUCAGGGAGCAACUGAUUUUAAAUACCAGUCAACCAGUGAUGUCAAAUACCAGUCAACCAGUGAUGUUGAAUACCACAAUCCCACUGACAGCAGGUACCAGUGUACCACCGACACCAAAUACCAGUCCGUCUACGUCAUGUCGGACCAAAAAGAUGAAUGUAUCAUCGCUACAGAGUUGAUCCCUGAAGCCAGCCUGCCUGGAAGUGGCCACGAGGUUAACAGAGCGUCACUGCACUAUGGCCCACAAACCCAGGGCGAUGGACAGUCUCUCUGGCCCACCUACCUGUGCGGCAUCAGGCUGCACAGAUGCCUGCUGCGGGCAAGAGGUCUCAACCACAGCGCGGAAGCGGGGUGGGUGCGUGUCCCUCAGGUUUCUGGCCCUGCUGAGGGGGAGAACUGUGAGCCGCUGCGUCUGUGCGCGCCGCCAUCUUGCAACGCCAUCUACUGA